AUGGAAAGUUUAUGCAAGGAGGCAGGGAUCACUCAGCACUUGAUCACUCCAUACCAGCCUCAGAGCAAUGGUGUGGUGGAAAGAGUGCCUGGCUCAAUUAAACGCAUUAUUUGUGCUUUAGGAAAAGGGUUAGCAUAUCAGUGGCCCAAAUAUUUGAGUUGGUGUGCCAGGAGCUUAAAUGAAUGGGUACGCAGUACCACAGGAACUCCUUAUUGGGCAUUCUUCAAAGAUCCUAAAAAGUACAUAGAGUUUAGGAUGCCACAUCUUCCGGCAGACGAGGAAGGUUUGGAAUUGGCAGAGGACAGUAUGAAAGAACAGCGGGACAAAGCAGUAAAGACAUACUCACAAAAGAAAAAUGUGAAAAUUAAAAACAGGAAUGUGAAGUGUGGUAGUUUAGUGUGGGUAAAGAGAGAAGUGUUUGAUCCGUAUACCUUUCGUAAACUUUGUUAUCAAUGGCUAGGACCAUAUGUAGUGGAAGUAGUGAUACGAGAGGGAGGUGCAUAUAUCCUUGGUGAUCCCAAAUCAGACAAAACUAUCAAAAGAGCAGCAGAUAAGGUCAAGCCUUGUUUAGGGACAGAUGCAUACUUAAUUCCAGACAGUGUAAAGGUAGACUUUGACUCAGAAAGUGAAACUGAAGACUGA